UCCACCACCCCAACGGACCCCUCGGUGCCAUGGGAAUCCACGGCCUGGCCAAGCUGAUCGCGGAUGUGGCCCCCAGCGCCAUUCGGGAGAAUGACAUCAAGAGCUACUUUGGCCGGAAGGUGGCCAUCGAUGCCUCCAUGAGCAUUUACCAGUUCCUGAUUGCGGUGCGGCAUGGGGGAGACAUGCUCCAGAAUGAGGAGGGCGAGGCCACCAGCCACCUGGUGGGCAUGUUCUACCGCACCAUCCGCAUGGUGGAAAACGGCAUCAAGCCAGUGUACGUGUUCGAUGGCAAGCCACCCCAGCUCAAGUCGGGUGAGCUGGCCAAGCGUGGCGAGAGGCGGGCCGAGGCUGAGAAGCAGCUGCAGCACGCACUGGAUACGGGGGCCCAGGAGGAGGCCGACAAGUUCUCCAAGCGGCUGGUGAAGGUCACUAAGGAGCACAAUGAUGAAUGCAAGCAGCUGCUGCGCCUCAUGGGCAUCCCCUAUCUGGAGGCGCCUGGUGAGGCCGAGGCCAGCUGUGCUGCUCUGGCAAAGGCUGGCAAAGUCUAUGCCGCUGCCACCGAGGACAUGGACUGCUUGACCUUCGGCAGCCCUGUGCUGAUGCGGCACCUGACUGCCAGUGAGGCCAAGAAGCUGCCCAUCCAGGAGUUCCACCUGAGCCGUGUCCUGCAGGGCCUGGGCCUCACCCAGGAGCAGUUCGUGGACCUGUGCAUCCUCCUGGGCAGCGACUACUGUGAGAGCAUCCGAGGCAUCGGGCCUAAGCGUGCCAUCGAUCUCAUCCAACAGCACAAGAGCAUCGAGGAGAUCAUCCGGAAGCUGGACCCUAGCAAGUACCCCGUGCCUGAAAACUGGCUGCACAAGGAGGCCCAUCGCCUCUUCCUAGAGCCCGAGGUGCUGGACGUGAACACUGUAGAGCUCAAGUGGAACGAGCCUGAUGAGGAGGGCCUGGUUCAAUUUAUGUGUGGGGAAAAGCAAUUCAAUGAGGAUCGUGUCCGUAACGGGGUCCGGCGGCUGAGCAAGAGUCGCCAGGGUAGUACGCAGGGCCGGCUGGACGACUUCUUCAAGGUCACAGGCUGCCUCACGUCAGCCAAGCGCAAGGGUCUAGAGCCCAAGGGGGCUGCCAAGAAGAAGCCAAAGUCUGCCACCCCUGGGAGACCCAAAAAGGGCAAAUAAAGCCCGGCCCUCCCUAUCAGGGGGCAGCCCCUGAGUGAUGCUUUUAGGGUCUUGUCAUGUUGGGGCGGGGGUGCUGGACCGCCCGCUUGUCUUGUUCUCCUCUGGGGUUAGCUCGAGGAGGUUGUAGGAGCAGCCACGGCUUGCUCACGUGUUCUUGUCUAGCUUGGUCAAGACCCUGUUGGACCUGCCUUCUGUGGGAGGGCAAAGAGGAUUCCAAAGUAGCACGGGGGGCCGGUGGAGGGGCAAGAGCCCUCCGGCCCUGGGAAUCUGGAAUGCGGGUGAAACCACAGCGUUUGGCCUUGUUCCUCUGACGGGAGAGUCGCCAAGGUGUGGAUGCUUAUUUUCCUGGUUUGUUUAAGCUUCUCAGAAAAAGCAAAUAAAAUUGUUAGAUGCUG